AUCGAUUAUUCAAACGCAUAAUAAACGUCGAAAUACCCCAAAAGAAAGGAAGUCUAUAUUCAUUGAUUCAUAGCUUUCAUCAAUGGCGUUCAAGAAAGAUCUAGCUCAACGCCUGUUCAAUGUCUACAGCCGAUUUGGUAGCCCGUCUCUGUUAGAUUGCCGGAUUUCGACUUCGGCAGUCUCCGUGAAAACUCGGAUACCGCCGGGUCCCGAGAAAAUCGCCCCAGAUCCCGGAGACGAUGGAAUAUUCCGUCGGUUCAUCCACCGCCGCCCGAUGCACCAGCCGACGGGGCUAUCCUCCGACCUCCCGUCGUUUCCGAUCGGAGAUAAGCUGCUGGAGAAUCUCCGCGGUAUGGAUAUUUCCAGAGAUCGGAUCAGACUCGACGGUCUCAUCCCGCCGCCGUUGAAAUCCGAUUCCGUGCCGGAGCCGGCCGGCGGUAGCCUGUCGUUGUCGGAUGUGAGAAAGCUGCUCCGGUUGUCGCAGCUUGAGACGGUGAAAUCGAGGCUUAGGGCAACCGAACAGAACCAGAUUUCGUACCCGGAGUUUUUCCGGAUCUGUGCCCAAGUCUGUUCCAAUAACGACCAAACCCUAGAGCUAGCAAAGAUGCUCGACGAUUCCGGAACGGUAAUCGUUUUGGGAAACGUGGUUUUCCUCAACCCUAAUCAGGUGGUGAAGGCUAUCCAAAGCCUGAUCCCGGCGACGACGGCGUCCAAGACGGAGCCGGAGAAUGCGAGGGUGAAGGAGUUGGAAGAGAUGGAGGAGAAGAAGGCGGCGAUUGACCGGAAGGCGGAGGCGCUGGUGAGGAGGGAGCUGUGGGGAGGGCUGGGUUACUUUGUGGUGCAAACGGCGGCGUUCAUGAGGCUAACAUUCUGGGAGCUGUCGUGGGAUGUGAUGGAGCCGAUUUGCUUCUACGUCACGUCUGUGUAUUGCAUGGCUGGGUAUGCCUUCUUCUUGAGGACGUCCCGUGAGCCCUCUUUUGAAGGGUUCUUUCACAGCAGGUUUAUUGCGAAGCAGAAGCGGCUAAUGAAGGCUCAGGGGUUCGAUUUGGUUAGGUAUAAUGAGCUCAAGAAAUCAGCUUCUUCUUCCCCUCCGCCCCCCGCCUUGCCUGCCCAGGAGAAAUUCAACUCGUUUUGUUCUUAAUAGAUAGAUUUCAUCAAUCAUCAUACAACGUUUUAGGAUCGCAGAAAAAACAAAAGAGAUAACAAGUAUAACCAUGAUAACCUGAUUUUUUCUUUCUUUUCAAUAUUUCCUUAAAUCGGAGGGAAAUCAACUUUCUAAGAGUGUAUACUAAAUCCAUCCAAGAAGUAAUCUAAGUUUGGUGUC